AAGUAGUAUUCCACUCCAGCCAGCAAUUUAAUCAUUCCUUCAAAGUUUCUUCAUCUUUAGAUUUCCACUAGACGAGUGAAGUGUGACUAAACAAUUGAGAUGGGUUUUCUUCCUCAUCUUCUCCUCUUUACCCUGAUCAAUCUACUCAUCUUCCAUGGGUUUUCAGAGGUGAUUUAUGAAGAUGGAUACACAGUUACAACUGUUUUUGAUGGCAACAAACUCAACAUCAAUCCUCACUCAAUUGCCUCGUACAAAGGAUCCCAUGAUCUUUUCCUCCUUGAUUCAUCUAACAGUGUUUUUUACACUCUCUCUCUUCCACUUUCCCAAGAGAGUUUGGUGAAGAGAUUUUCUGGAAAUAAGCGGCCUGAGUACUCUGAUGGUGAUGCAAGUUUGGCAACAUUUAACAAACCCAGAAGCUUUACUGUGGAUUUUAAGGGGAACGUAUAUGUUGCUGAUAGAAGCAAUCAUGCUAUCCGAAAGAUUAGUCAUUCAGGUGUCACUACUAUUGCGGGAGGUUUAUCAAAGUCGAUUGGUCGUGCUGAUGGACCUGGAAGAAAUGCAACUUUUUCUGCAGAUUAUGAGCUAAGCUUCGUUCCUGAGAUCUGUGCCCUGCUGAUUUUGGAUCAUGGAAGUAAAUUGAUCCGCCAGAUCGAUCUGAAGCAGGAGGAUUGUCUAUAUUCUCGAUCUGGAGGUGUGGGGUCUGCUACAGUAUGGGCCGCAGCGCUUGCAGUAUCCUGCUUAGUUGGAUCGGUAGUUGGCUUUGUAAUCCGUCCUUACAUACUUCGAACUGAAGAGUUGAAACUCCUCAACAGCACCAAGUCAUGGACAACUUACCUAAUGAAUCUGGGGAGACAAAUACAGAUGUUUUGCUUCGGCACCAGAAACGCAGUUGCUAGCCCAGUACUCAUAUAUCUGAGACAGCUUAUAAUGCUGUUUAUCUCUCACCUCUCUCUUAUGUUUAGUUUCGGGAUGAAGUGGUUUUAUUCUAGUUCUAGUAGUGUAUGUAAGGAAAACAUUUCUCUUCUGGAUUCUGACCACUCGAGUAACUCUUACUGUGCUGUGUCACAAAAAUAUGCUGACCAAUUGAAGGGAUUGAUGACUUCUAAUGGAGAACAUGGAUCAUCUAACAUGCUUAAUGACAUUUUGGAUCAUCAACAUGUGGCGGAGAGAGAUGCGCAGAGUCAUGGGGGGUAUAUCGAUACUCUAGUGAAAGCUAAUAUGGAUAACUUCGUCGAGGAUGCUAGUAGAUCAACUGUAGUUGAGGAAUCCUUCCUUGGGGUCUCUACUGUAGUCAAGAGGCGAUGAGCCGCCACGGUUCUUCCUGAACUUUGCUCUUGUAAAUAACUGAAUGUCUACUUUUCUUUGCUUCCUCAAAUGACAAUUACGACGCCGCUUAGCUUGCA